CUCGUAGUCGUGGAUAGGACUGCUACGUACCGUUGGGAAUCAAGUUCCAGCUUGGUCUGCAACCGUAGUUUCGUCGUGUAUGUGUCACUAGCCGAUGACAUGGAACCUGCGCCCACAGGGGUCGGUGGCAUGGAAAGUGCAGUCAAGUCCUUGGAUUCAGCGCGGCUGUUGCACAGGGUCGGAAGUUUACUUGGAACGUUGAAAUACCGUGGCGUGGACCUACAAGCGCCCUGCAGCGACACCCUCGGCAAAAGCAAGUGCUGGCUAAGGUGGCACCUGCCCGCUGUGAACGAAGUCCUCUGGAAAAUCUCCAUGCAGGUCGUGGAACAUGCACCCGGUGCGUUCACGCUGGGCAGCGUUGAAGCUGCCGAUGUGGACACGGUACGUACGGACGCCUCUUUUCAGGACGGCGGCCUCCUUGUGUACUGGCUGCUCAAGCAUCACAGCUGCAUCAAGCGCCUUGUCCUGGGCAUCACGGCUGUUCCGCUGUGGCACUUUCCUUCGCUGCUCGCCAGCGCAAUCCAUGCCAGCCGAGGCAUCGUAGAGGUCGCAGGACACCCUAACGACAUGACGGAGUCCUGGCGGGAAAUCCGUCAGUGCAGGGUUCUGGCGUGCGCCCUGGGAAAACUGUCGCCUGCGUUGAAUUGCUUAGAUUUGACGUCGCUGAAACUGGACCACGUCGCAGCAGAGUGCAUCGCCGAUGACAUUGCCAGGAGCAACCUGCAGCGCCUGCACCUUUGCAGCGAAAUGUCAGCGAGUGUCACACGGAAACUGUUGUCUGCCGUCAGCUCCUGCCAAAGCCUGACCUCUCUCGAGCUCACCGGUUUCACGCAGUUCUCUCGGUCCAGUGCAGUCGCGCUAGCAGCCGCCUUGAAGCGCAACAGAACGCUACGGAGACUGUUUCUGAAGUUCGUGGAGGAUGACGUGGUCGGUAUCAUCCUUGCCUCUCUGAAGAACAACGAAGCGCUACACGAGCUGUCGCUCGACUAUUCAAUAGACUUUACGCGUUCUACAAUGUGGGACGGUCUUCAAGCACUUCGGGAGAACAGGGUGCUCAAGUGCCUCAAACUUACUGAUGCCUACCUUUCUAACAGCUGUGCAAUGGUCAUAGCUGAAGUCCUGCGGCACAACAAUGCGCUCGAAGAGAUUUCGCUUUCUACGAACCAGAUCAGCGACCUCGGGGCGCGAGCACUGGCGAAGACACUGAAGCAGAGUUCUAGCAUAAGGCGACUCGACAUCUCAAGUUGCCGAUUGACCGCCGGUGUCGUGCCGAAGUUUAUAGAAGCGAUUUCGCGGAACGGCACGAUCGAAUGCGUAGAACUCGGCAACGUCGACAUCCCCGAAGGGUGGGCCCCGACAUCGCCUCUUACAGCUGAUGUGUUCGCUCGCUUGCACGUUUCGUGGAACGGCCGCGGGCUUGAGGAAUGGGCUGCGUGUCUACCCUGUGAAGGGCACCGCUUUCCCCGACCGUCCAUUGGCUGGAACAACGCUGCGAACUACUCGAGCAUUGUGCAGUGGUUUUCCGCAGCGCGCGCCAGUAGUGCGUCUCUCGUGGAACUGGUCAUCGAGUGUCCGCGCGCAGUGGGCGCAGACUGCACCGAAGCGGUCGUCUCUUUUCUAGAGACCACACAUUCCCUCAAAAAGCUGAUUGUGCGUCCGUCCCAUUGUAACUACGUGUUCUCAGCUGCGGUUAUUAACGGUCUCGCCCGUAAUAAGACCGUCUGCGAGGCCGAGUUCCACCAGGAGCUCCGCGCCCACUUGGAUGUUAAGGCUAUUGAGGCCCUCCUGCUCGCCAACCGAACUCUACACCGUCUAAAGUUCAGGGAUGACUCUCUCCCCAGCAAGGCGCCUACUUUGUUCGCACGUGCGCUGGAGGACAACUUCGUGUUCCUCACUCUGGAAUUUGAGCGCCACUACGUGAGAAACGACAUGUACCCAAUAGUGAGCGCCCUGAACAGGAACAGAUCACUUCUGAACAGAGCAGUCGAAUGUGUCCUGGGCGCUGCUAGGGAUGAGCUGUCGGCACGAGCCCUUCGCCUUCUUUCGGCCACCGAAUCGCUUCUCGAUGCAGUUACUGACGUUUCGGGCAAGACGCGCGAGGAGUGCCGGUGUUUGGUGCUAGAAGCAGUGCGCCGCCUCAAUAGUCAAGCCUCUGAAGAUGUUGUUACGAGUCGCUUACACAAAGUAGACGAAGACUGCGAUCGGCCCACGGCUCCAGUUUGUGUAAACAGUCAUUGUGUAUAA